AUGAAAGAACCACAGUCCUUUGCACCCGAGCCCACCACGGGCGGUCCGACCGCCCCCUCUGCCUAUAGAAAGCCAAAUGGGGAAGCUCCUCCCAAUGCUGGCGACCCUCUCAUCUUGCCACCAGGCAUUGAUUCGCAGACUUUCAAGUCUUUUACCCAGCGCUUGGCCGAUAUUGUCGGUCAAAGCAAUGUGACCAUCAUCUCCACGGACAAGGAGCUCCAUCAGGAGAGUUAUCUCGAUCCCAGCAAAGCACAUGACAUGUUCUACGUUCUCGAGAAACAAUAUUUUGUCAGCUCCGCCGUCGUCGCUCCGAGGGACGUGGCAGACGUUCAAGCCAUCAUGCGCCUUUGCAACGAGUUUGAAAUCCCAGUAUGGCCAUUCUCCAUCGGUCGGAAUGUCGGGUACGGUGGCGCCGGACCCAGGGUACCAGGGAGCUUAGGAAUGGAUAUGGGGAGACACAUGAACAAGAUUUUGAACGUCGACGUUGACGGUGCAUACGCUUUGGUAGAACCGGGCGUCACCUUCUUCGAUCUUCACGAUUACCUGGUCAAGAACAACCUGCGCGAUAAAUUGUGGAUUGAUGUUCCUGACCUUGGCGGCGGCUCCGUCCUAGGGAACACCUGUGAGCGUGGAGUUGGGUACACUCCGUAUGGAGACCAUUACAUGAUGCACUGUGGGAUGGAAGUGGUCCUCCCAGACGGCAGUCUCGUACGGACAGGAAUGGGUGCCUUGCCUGAUCCUGAGGCAGAUCCUAACCUUCCACCACACGAACAAAAGCCCAACAAGUGCUGGCAGCUCUUCAACUACGGAUUCGGGCCAUACAACGACGGAAUCUUCACCCAAUCGUCCCUAGGCGUCAUCACCAAGAUGGGCAUAUGGCUCAUGACCAAUCCCGGAGGAUAUCAGAGCUAUCUGAUCACGAUGCCUCGAGAUGAAGACCUGCACCAAGCCAUUGAGAUCAUUCGACCCCUGCGAGUGGGCAUGGUGUUGCAAAACGUGCCAACCCUCCGCCACGUCCUCUUGGACGCGGCAGUCAUGGGCGACAAGUCCACGUACAGCGACUCCAAAGCACCAUUGACCGACACCGAGAUCGACGCGAUCGCCCACAAGCUGAAUCUCGGCCGCUGGAACUUCUACGGCGCUCUUUACGGGCCCGAACCCGUCCGCGCCGUCAUGUGGCAAGUCGUCAAGACGGCCUUUGGCCAAAUCCCUGGCGCCAAGUUCUAUUUCCCCGAAGACAUGCCGGACAACAAGGUCCUUCAGAUCCGCGACGGAACCCUCCAGGGUAUUCCGUCUGUCGACGAACUCAGAUGGGUGGACUGGCUCCCCAACGGGGGCCAUCUGUUCUUCUCCCCGAUCGCCAAAGUCUCCGGUGAUGACGCCGUCGCACAAUACAAGCUCACGCGCCGCCGGAGCGAGGAAUUCGGCUUUGACUUUAUCGGCACCUUCGUCGUCGGCAUGCGCGAGAUGCACCACAUCGUCUGUAUCGUCUAUGAUCGGCGGGACGCAGAUAUGCGCCGUCGAGCCCACAAGUUGAUCAGUACCCUGGUCGACGACGCCGCGAAGCAAGGCUGGGGGGAAUACCGUACGCAUUUGGCCCUGAUGGAUCAGAUUGCCGCGACGUACAGCUUCAAUGACCACGCGCAGAUGAAGUUGAAUGAGAAGAUCAAGAACGCGUUGGAUCCGAAGGGUAUUUUGGCGCCCGGGAAGAAUGGCGUUUGGCCGCAGACGUAUGAUAAGGUGGCAUGGAGAGUGCCGGUGUGA